AUGGCUACCGUAUAUCAAGACCUUGGUGAAUAUUCGAAAGCACUUGAAUUUUAUAAAAAAUCUCUCUUAAUUAUGGAAGAAGUUUUAUCGCUGAAUCAUCGUGACCUCCUUACAAUCUAUAAUAACAUUGGUACAUUGUAUCAAAAGAUGGGAAAAUACUCAAAAGCGAUUGAAUUUUACCAAAAAUCAUAUGAAAACAUGAAAAAAGCACUGCCUUCAAUUCAUCCUUCUAUUGCUGUCUCCUGCAGUAGCCUUGCUGCAGUGUAUGAAGCUAUGGGAGAAUUUUCUAAGGCACUUGAAUAUUAUGAAGAAUCAUUGAAAAUACGUGAAAAAGCUCUACCUUUGACACAUCCUGAUUUGGCUUCUUCCUAUACUAACAUUGCCGCAAUGCAUAACGCCAUGGGUAAUUAUUCCAAAGCAUUUGAAUUUUACGAAAAAUCACUUGAUAUUACGACAAGAGCUCUGUCACAGUAUCACCUAGAUUCGGCUAUCGUAUACAACAAUAUUGGUACAGUGUAUGGUCAGAUCGGUGAAUAUAGUAAAGCCUACGAAAACUUCAAAAAAUCCUCUGAAAUUAUGAAAAAAGUUGCCGACCAGAAUGAUCCUCGUGUUACAGGAUUCGACAAUAGGAGUCGCUCACUGUUGGAGAAGAUGCCAGAAAAUUUUGAAGAUCUUAAAUCCUGUGAGGAAUCUCUUAAAGUCAUGGAAAAAGUUCUCCCUAAAAAUCAUCCGGCUUUGGCAAUAAUAUGCAAUAACCUUGAUACAAUAUACAGUACAAUGGGAAAAUAUCCUCAAGCGUUAGAAUUUUAUAAAAAGGGCCAGAAAGAUUCGAAAUCAUCGGCAUGCUUUGAUGAUAUUAAUAAAACAUCUGAAAACAACGAUAAAUGCUCAGAAGCUCUUAUGCUUUAUGAAAAGUCACUCAAAACGCUAGAAAAAUCUCUAAUUCCUAACAACCUCUCAUUAGCUUCAUUCUACAUUAACAUUGGUGGCGUGUAUCUCAAUAUGGGUGAAUUCUCGAAAGCACUUAAAUUUUAUGAAAAAUCCCUUGCAAUUAAGAAAGCUGUUCUGCCUUCAGAUCAUUCCGACUUUGCUACAUUCUACAAUAACAUUGGCCUGGUAUAUGAUGAAAUGGGGGAAUAUCAUCAAGCAAUUGAAUAUUACGAGGAAUCACUUAAAAUUAUGGAAAAAGCCCUGCCUUCUCAUCAUCCUGAUUUGAUUUCAUACUACAACAACAUUUGUGCAGUAUACAUAAAGAGCAACGAAAACAUUAAAGCACUUGAAUACUACAAAAAAUCGAAAGAGAUACAAGAAAGAAUUCUGCUUCCCGAUCAUCCAAAUUUAGCAACAUCCUACACUAGCAUUGCUUUAAUACAUAACAAUAUGGGUGAAUACUCCAAAGCGAUUGAAUUUUUGGAAAAAGCACUGAAAAUACGACAAACUUCUUUCUCACCAAACCAUCCUGAUCUGGCUACAUGCUGCAACAACAUGGGCUUAAUUUAUAACAAUAUGACUCAAUACAAGAAAGCUUCAGAAUUUUACGAGAAGGCUCGCGAAAUCAUGGAAAACGUUCUCCCUGCAGAUCAUCCAGAUUUAAGUAAAACCUUCAACAAUAUUGGUCUAGUGUAUCUAAAAAUGGGUGAUUACUCGAAUGCACUACAGUUCUAUAAUAAAUCACUUAAAAUCAUGGAAAAAACUUUGCCCCAGAAUCAUCCCAAUUUAGCUACAAUCUAUAACAAUAUCGCCGGAGUGCAUAGCAACAUGAAUGAAUACUGUAAAGCAUUGGAAUUCUACAACAAAUCACUCAAAAUACGACAGCGAAAUCUGCCAGCAAGUCUUUUUCACUUGAGUACAUCCUACAACAAUAUUGGCCUGGUACAUAAAAAGAUGGGUGCAUACUCUGAGGCCCUUAAAUCUUACGAAGCAUCCCUUGAAAUCAUGGAAAAAGUUCUGAGUCCGAAUCAUCCUACGUUGGCUACAUUGUAUAACAAUAUAGGUUCACUUUAUGAUGAUAUCGCUGAGUAUCAGAAAGCACUUAGAUAUUACCAAAAGAGUCUUCCAAUCACAGAAAAUAUGAUUCCGCCUAAUGACCAGUUGCUGGUCACGUGUUACAAUAAGAUUGGCACAGCAUAUACAAAUUUGGGUGAAUAUAUGAAAGCAUUUGAGUUUUGCUCGAAAGCACUCGAAAUACAUGAAAAAGCUCCAGUUCGUAAUCAUUGUGAUAUAGGUCUGUGCUACAGUAAUAUAGGUUUAGUUUAUAACUACUUGGGUGAAUAUCAAAAGGCAUACGAAUCACACCAAAAAUCUUUUGAAACAAUGCAAAUGGCUGUUCCGUGUGAUCAUCCCUCAUUCGCUUCAGUCUACCACAAUGCUGGCCUUAUGCAUAACAGCAUGGGUGAAUAUACCAAAGCCCUUGAAUUUUACGAAAAAGAGAGCAAUAUAAGAGAGAAAGUAUCACCUCUGAAUCAUCCAUCAUUGAUGACAUCCUACAAUCACAUUGGUCUAGUGUAUAAAAACAUGGGUGAAUACUCGAAAGCACUUGAAUUUUUUAAUAGAGGUCUUGAAAACAUGAAGAGCAGUUUGAAUACAAAUGUUUGGAGCUUCAGUUUUAUAUAUAAUUGGUUGCUGCGAGCUUAUCGUAUCAUACAAGAAUUGGUAAGAGCACUGUAUUACUUUCGAAGUUUGACGACAAGCUUUGAACCAGAUCGAUGUGAACAGCAUCAUCCUAUGAGCGCUAUUAUCUACAGUAAUAUUGGAGAUGUUUAUCGACUGAUGGGUAAUUACAAAAAAGCGUUGUCAUUUCAUCAGGAAGCAUUAAAAGUUCAACAAAAUGUUCAAUGUAAUCCUCUGCAGCGUGCAACAAUAUAUGUGAAUUUUGGUGAAACAUAUCGCGAACUGAAAGAUUACAAAACAGCAUUGGAAUAUUAUGAAAAAGGAUUAGAACUACAUAAAAUGAAAUUACCAGAAAAUCAUCCUGAUUUAGGAGUUCUAUUUCACAAUAUGUCGAAGUUAUAUUGGGCUUUUGGAGAACAUAGCAAAGCAAUAGAAACUGUACAACAAGCAUUAAAAAUUGCUCAAGAGCGGCUGCCAUCAUGUCAUCCUCAUCUUCUUGAUUGUCAAAAAACAUUGUCAUUACUUCAAAUGAAUGUGUGA